AUGGCGAAGCCAGGAAACCCGCGGUCGCACAGACCGCACGGAAAGGGAGGCAAAUUCGGGCAGCAGAAAAAGGGUCAGAAAAACAACAAGCACCAGUACCAGAAACCCCCGUCCAAGCUCCAGCUAGAAAUCGCGGAAAUCCGGCAGCUCGAAGCGCGGAUCGCCGCCGGCGCGCCCGCGCCGGGCUCGAAUCCCCUAGCUGCGGAUCUCUCCGCUCCCGCCGCUUCCGCCUCUCCCGCCGCGCCAGCGAAUAGCAAAGAGAGGAAAAGGAAUGCGUCAAAGGAGGGGGUGCUCGCAGCAGCAGGAGGCGGAUCGACGGGCGGGAAAGGGGAAUUUGAGCCGUACGUCGGCGCGAAGCUGUUUGAGGAGCUGCCUAUAUCGAAGCGAACGAUGAAGGGACUCAAGGAUUCGGAGUACGUGCACAUGACGGCCAUUCAGCGAGCUGCAAUCCCCCAUGCGCUGUGCGGGAGAGACGUGCUGGGAGCAGCCAAGACAGGGUCGGGCAAAACCCUCGCGUUCAUCAUUCCUCUGCUGGAAAGACUGCAUCGGCAGCGCUGGUCGCACAUGGAUGGAGUGGGCGGCAUAAUCAUAUCGCCGACCCGGGAGCUUGCCACCCAGAUCUUUGGCGAGCUCAAGAAGGCCGGGCGGCACCACCCUUUCUCGGGCGGCCUGCUCAUUGGCGGGCGGGCGGGGAGCGUGGAGAAGGAGAGGGAGCGCGUGCAGUCUCUCAACAUCCUCGUUUGCACGCCCGGUCGUCUGCUGCAGCAUAUGGACGAGACACCCAAUUUUGACGCAUCUAAUCUCCAGAUGCUGGUUCUGGAUGAAGCUGAUAGGAUUCUCGACCUGGGAUUCGCCGCGGCUCUCAACGCCAUAAUCGCCAACCUGCCGCCGCCCCCGCACCGCCAAACCCUCCUCUUCUCCGCCACGCAAACCAAGUCCGUGCGGGACCUCGCCCGCCUCUCCCUCUCCUCGCCCGAGUACCUCUCGGUGCAUGCUGAAGCGAAGGAAGCGACUCCGCUGAGGCUGCAGCAGACCGUGAUGGUCGUGGAAGCUUCCCAGAAGCUGGACGUGCUGUGGAGCUUUUUAAGGAACCACUUACAGAAGAAAACCGUUGUUUUCCUGAGCAGCUGCAAGCAGGUGAAAUUCGUGUUUGAAGCCUUCAGAAGGCUGAGGCCCGGCAUCGCUCUAAAGCUGCUGCACGGACGCAUGAAGCAGAUGACUCGCCUCGCCUCCUUCUACGACUUUUGCGAAGCCGACCAUGCAGUUCUGUUUGCCACGGAUAUCGCUGCGAGAGGACUGGACUUUCCGGCCGUGGACUGGGUCGUGCAGGCGGACUGCCCUGAUGACGUGGCAACGUACAUUCACCGUGUCGGCCGCACGGCCAGGUUCAAUGCAUCUGGACGCUCGCUGCUGCUGCUCACCCCUUCUGAGAAAGCAAUGCUGCCGCUGCUAGAGGCCGCCAAGAUCCCGUUUUCGCUAACCAAGGCGAACCCAGCCAAGAUGCAGCCCAUAGCUCAAGCGCUGGCAGCUUUGCUCUCAAAGGACUCUGAGAUCAAGUACCUGGCACAGCGGUCCCUUGUUACCUACCUGCGAUCCGUGCACCUGCAGAGCAACAAAGAAGGAGGGAGUGAGAGAGGGAGUGAGGGAGAGGAGGAUACAGAUGAAGAGAAGGAGAGGGAGGAAGGGGAGGAAGGGGAGGAAGAGGAAGAGGAAGAGGAAGAGAGAAGGGAGGGAAGGAAAGAGGAGAAGAAGAAGAAGACGAAACUCGAGCGCCUGUUUGGGAGAACCAACAGAGGGGUACUGUCGGCUUCUUAUGAUAAGCUGAGAGCCACCGAGGAUGAUGAGGAGGCAGAAGCAGGAGAAGGAGGGGAGGAGGGGGAAGGAGAGGAGGAUGAGUUGUUGCGGGUUAAGAGGGUGAAUCAUUUGUUGGAUGGGGAGGAGGGGGAGGAAGGGGAGGAGGGAGGGAAGGAGGGGAGGAGUGGGGCGGUGACUGCAGCAGAGGAGAAGCGGAUACUGAACACCUUGACUCUUUCCAGGAAGCAGCGCAAGAAGCUUCUCUCGGGUCCAGGCCGACAUGGCGGCACGCGAUUGGUCUUCGAUGAGGAAGGCAACCCGAUGCCGCCCCUCGCCGCCCUUGCCUUGGAAAAGGACAAAAACGGAGGGGCGGCGGCGGAGGGCGAGGAUGGGACAGGGAAGAGGGCGGCGGGGGAGGAUGCUGAGCUGACAGCUGCCGCCCGGGCAGCUGAGGAAAGAUUUCGGCAGCUGCGGGAGGAGAUGCAGCAGAAGGAUUUGGAGGACCGGGCAGUUGAAAAAGAGCGUCUGCGAAUGAAAAAGCUGAAGGAGAAGUUGAAGGUGAAGAAACGGGCAGGAGAGGGGAGGGAGGAGGAGGAGGAGGGAGGGCGGGUGGUAAUGCUGGGCAGGGGGGGCGAUGAUGAUGAGAGUGAUGAGGAAGAGGAGGAGGGGGAGGAGGAGGAGGAAGAGGAGGAUGUGAGGAGAAGAGGCAAAGGGAGGAGUGAGAGCAGUGGAAGUGACUAUAGCGAGGGUGAGAGUGAGGAAGAGAGGGGGGACCUUGCAAAGGCAAGGAAACAGCAUAAGGAGCAGCAUGAGAUGCGGCGAAGGAGAGAAGCAGCAGCAGCAACAGCAGGGGGGGGGGAGAGAAGGGUGGGAAAGCGAGUGAAGUCCGAGGGGCAAGCAGCGGAGGGGCAUGCAUCUGCUAGCAGGCCUGGCAAGAAGGCUAGGGUAGCCGGUUUGUCGGGUCAAGGGAAGGAGGGAGGGAAGAUUGUUGGUGGUGAGGGUGUGGGGCUGGGACUGGCAGAGCAAGAGGCUCUGGUGCUUCGACUGCUGGCUGCCAAACGACAGUAG